UUGGUUUUGCAUGUUGUUUUUCUUAUCUUAAAUUUAAUAUUACACAACGUUGAGAAACGUUCUACAUGAUUCUUCAUUACAUUCAACGAGAUGUAUACACUGUUGACAAGAGUGGGGCAAGAAGACGUAUAAAUAGACCUUCUUGGUAGACCUUUCAUGAAAGUUUGUGCGACGCGCGCUGUAUUGAAAUACGCUUCAUAACUACAUACAUCAGGAAUAUGGCACUACAUUCUAGUAUAAUUAUGUCACAAGGACAAAAAAUGCCUAUUCUAGGAUUCGGAACAUGGAAUGCUAAAGAGGACGAUCUAGAAGAAGCUUUGAAUGCAGCUUUAGAAGCCGGAUACAGACACAUUGACACAGCUGCGGCUUAUGAAAAUGAGCAUAUCAUUGGUAAUGUCUUGAAAAAGUGGCUCGAUUCUGAUAAAAUCAAACGAUCCGAUUUGUUUAUUACGACAAAGUUGCCGCCCAGCGGCAACAGACCGGAAGACGUCGAAAGAUGGCUCAAAAGAUCGCUGUCCCUGUUGCAACUCGAUUACGUUGAUCUUUAUCUUGUACACACCCCUUUUACAUUUGAAGCUGACGGAGACGCUAUAGUAACAUUUAACGAAAAAGGAGAAGUAAAACUCGAUCUGACAACGGAUCACAUAAAAGUAUGGUCGAUGAUGGAAAAACAAGUGCUCGAAGGACGCGCCAAAGCAAUUGGAUUGUCCAACUUCAACAUUGCGCAGAUAAAACGAAUUCUGAAUGUUGCUAAAGUACCUGUUUCAAAUUUGCAGGUUGAACUGCACUUGUACUUUCAACAAAAAGAAUUAGUGAAGUUUUGUCAAGAUAACAAUAUCAGCGUAACGGCAUAUUCUUCUUUGGGUACACGUGGAUAUGUUCAAAAUAUGAAAAAGACAGAUUCUGUGGCAGAUUUGCUGCAAGAUCCCACUGUGUUGGAGAUCGCGAAAAAAUAUAAUAAAACACCGGCUCAAGUAGCGCUGAAACACAUUGUUCAAAUGGGUAUAGCAGUUAUACCAAAGAGCGUAAAUCCAAAAAGAAUUAAAGAGAACGCACAACUAUUUGAUUGGGAACUUGAAUCUCAAGAUGUUAACAAAUUGAUUAAUCUUGACAAGGGAAAAUCUGGACGUAUACUUGAUUUCAAAAUGUUCAAAAAUAUCGCAAACCAUCCAGAAUAUUCAUUUUCUUAAGAUUGUUGAUUUCUUAUUAUUUUCUUUUUCAUUCUCACAUUCCACGUUUCUAGUUUUCUAGAUUUCUUGAUUUUAUAAAUUCUUUGUUUUGUUUGAUUUCAAUUCUUCGCUUUCUGUACGUGUAUUUCUGCUGUUGGUGUGCAUAUUCUUCUACAUUGCAAUACUUCAAUAUAUGUUAUAGCUUUUGUUCUUAUCAAAAUUAUAAAGCAACAAUAUGUAUAAUUGUAGAUACAUGUAAAAUAAUAUGAAAUACAGAAAUACAAUAUAUAAUAAAAAUAUCUAAAAUAUUUUUAAUAUAUUAUUUUAACAUCUCCCGAUUUAAAUCAUUAGAAAAGAUUGUUUAUUUUUGAGAACACCAUUUGGUCGUUCAAUAUAUGUAUAUGUAAAAGUAUGUAUGCAGAGAAAGUCAAGCAAAUAAAGAUUAUCCAAAGUA